AGGAAAUGAAUAAUUUGCCUGCUUGUGAGCAAUGGAGGAAAUUUCUGCGAGUGCUGAAUCUGCUGAACAAGACAACCCAAAACCGUCAACACAUCACACAGGUCCAAAGAGCUGUAAGGGGAAUCGUUAUUUAGGUGUUAUUGUGUUUUGGAGUCUGCUGGGUGUUUUACUUCUAACUAGAUUUGUCACUCAUGGUGUCCACUACUUCAUUAUGACUGAGGAAAGAGACAGCCUGAAUGCAAAUCUCUCCACUGUGAGUAAAAAACUUGCCGUCAUGACUGAGGAAAGAGACCUGCUGCGUGCCAACCUCUCUGAAAAUCUCAAAGAGCUUGAAGGGCUUCUGAGUUUGUACAAACAGAAAAAAACAUGUCCUGUAGGAUGGAGCAAGUUCAACCAUAGCUGCUAUCUCCUCUCUGAAAGAUCUGGUUCCUGGGAUGCAGCCAGAAGGGACUGCAGAUAUAGAGGAGGAGAGCUGGUGGUUAUUGACAGCCCUGAAGAACAGAACUUCCUCUCUACGAUCACCACAGAAGAAGUUUGGAUUGGUUUAAAUGACAAAGAACAGGAGGGAACAUGGAAAUGGGUAGAUGGGACUCCACUGACUCUGAUGUACUGGGGAAUAAGACAACCUGAUAAUGGUGGAGAAGAUAAUGAUGGAGAAGAAGACUGUGUUUAUGUCAGAACGGAAUGGGGAAGGUUUUGGAAUGAUCAUUUUUGUUCAUAUUCUCAUCAAUGGAUCUGUGAAAAUACACCAAACCACAAUAAAACAUGUCCUGUAGGAUCGAGCUUCAACCAUAGCUGCUAUCUCAUCUCUAAAAGCUCUGCUUCCUGGGAUGCAGCCAGAAUGGACUGCAGAGACAGAGGAGCAGAUCUGGUGGUUAUUAACAGCCCUGAAGAAAAGAACUUCCUCUCUACGAUCACCACAGAAGAAGUUUGGAUUGGUUUAAAUGACAAAGAACAGGAGGGAUCAUGGAAAUGGGUAGACGGGACUCCACUGACUCUGAUGUACUGGGCAACAGAUGAGCCUAAUAAUGGUGGCGAAGAGGACUGUGUUUCUCUCAGAAGUGAAAAAAACACUUGGUUUGAUCAUCGAUGUUCAUCUUCUUGUCACUGGAUCUGUGAAAAAGUUCCAGAAAACAACUGAUUCAGAAAGAUGAUCUAUUCAUCAAUGUUUUGCAGUUUUUUCUUUGAUUACAAUAAUUGUACUUCUGUAUUUCAGUUUUAUCCUAAAAGGCCUAGAUAUGUUUUUUUGUUCAUAUAUAAGUGGUUAAGUUUUGGGUUUCUGUUUGAUUUUUAUUCUACUGUUUGAAUUUUUGUUUUUGUUCUUUUUUCUUGUGAUAUUGCUUUUAUUAUCAUUAUUAUUAUUUUUAUUGAGUGUUUCUGUUUUGACUUUAUGGUUGUUCUGGUGGUAACUGUCAGUUUGUGAUCCUUAUUUUUGUUUCAAGACUCAAGUCUAGUUUUACUUCCUGCAGGGUUUCUCAGUUCCUCCCUGAUUCGUAUUUCUUUGUAGUUGAGUGUUUAUAUUCAUGUCUGUGUUCAUUAUUUUCCUUAUUUACUGUUUUACUUUGAAACAAAUGUCUGUUUCUGACCUGCAUGAGUUUUAAUUCCUGCAUCUGUUUUCCCCUGAUUUGAACAUUGUUUUCAUCUGUGUUGUUACUGCAGGUGUCUCGUUUCUCUUCUGUUUGUCACUCCCUGAUCAGUCAUCGGUAUAUAAAUAAUCUUCUCUCCCUCUCAGUCCUCAUCAGUUUGUUCAGACUCCCUGACUACAUUUUAAUAGUCAAAA